AAUCAAACGCUAGUGCGCAUGCUCAGAUCGUUGUUUUAUAUCUAUCGAGAUAUACAAUGAGUGGUAGUAGUAGGGGUUGAAAUGUUGCACUGGGAGGAGGUUAUUCAAAGCCAGUUGUGUUUAUCAGUUCGGUUGUGACACACCGGCAAAGUGCAAUGGAAUUAAUAGUUUUCAUAUAUUAUAAUAAGAACAAUAUUAUAUUUUUCAAGUGUCUCUCGAAUAGCAAUUAAUGUAUCACAAUCGUAGUAAUAUAUCUUAUAAUUAUUCGUGUAGAAUUAAAAUGGAAACCUGAUGAAUUAGGUUGUCCCUUUAAUCCUAACCAAAGUGAUCGGGAUCGUAUUCGAAGAGACAUAUGUGUAAAAACGGAACGAUAAAAAAUAACAAAGAUAGAUAAAAUAAUAGAACAGGUGCAAUAUAGUGAUAAGAAACAUUUCUGUGACUAUUGUAUAUGUAUUACUGUUGACUGUGACUCUAGUUGAUUAAAAGAGCGCAUGUUGUUUUCUUUGAGAUUCUAUCAGCCAAAUAACAGCUGGGAGAGAGAUCUUAAAAGGAAAUGCUUUAAAACGCAAUCCCAAUUAAAACGUUCAAGGGUGAAGGACCAUACGUGUGUAUCGAGUCAUGACGAAAUAUUGGUUCAAUGUCAUUAUUUUCAGGGUUUUCCUUCCGGCCAUAUUAGCAGGAUGUACGAUAUGGCGGCCGGUAGGAUUGUCCCUAGUAUAUUUGGGACUGGCAUUGUAUUCGCCAAUAGUCCCAACACCCACAAACAAAACAAUGUCCGGUCAUACCGGACUUUACUUAAAGGCAACCAUCUGUUUGUGCUUCCUAGUUGCCAUAACUCAGCUUACCUUUCACAUAGUUUUAUUAGCAAUGCCACCGUACGGUUAUUUUCUUCAAGACUGUCAAUUCAUGGAAGAAUUAUUCAGACACAUAGGUUUAGUAAAACUAGAUAACGCAUCGGUAUGGGAAGUGUUUUAUUGGCUUACACCAGAAUUAAUAUUGUUACCAAUAGCCAUAGUAAUAUACGUAAUAUGUCGUUUCUUAACGCAAAAUAAACGAAACGAAGAAGAAGAGGAUGUAUCCAUUCAAAGGACUAAUGAUUCUGCCAAAAAACCUGAAGACAGGACUACGAAGAUAAUCAAUUUUCUUGGUCGUAUCGGCACGUACGUAGUUCUUGCUUCUUUGUGCUGUACCGCAUCCUUAAAACCAUCGGUUGAAGGUGCAUUCUACUUUCUGGUAUUUCUUGGUACUGCAACGUGGUGGGCUUGCAAUAAGGAAUUAAGAAAAGGUUUUGCAAUUCUAUGCAAAAUCGUUAUGAUAGUAGUGGUCGUUCAUAUUGUAGCCCUACUUGGUUAUCAAAAUCAGUGGCCUCAAGAAUUAAUACCCGUCAAUAGCACGUGGUCUCGUUAUUUUGCAUUGACUGCUAUUUAUCGUACUAAUUGUACCCGACCAAAUUACGUGGAGUAUGCAGAUGAUACCGAUUGGCUACCUUACGGAUACGCAUUGAGAUUAUUCUGGCUCUACUACGUUUUGGCUCUGCAAUCACAAUUUCUCAAUAAAAAACCAGCAAAGAAAGUGGCACGAUUAAGCGGUAAGCUCGAGAACUUGGACACGCCAUUGUCCAGGCAUGUUUCGAUUCGACGAAGAACACCAUCCCAAAGAUGGCAAUCCGCACGACGGAAGGCUCGCAGGCCGAUCGUUGAUGAUACAUCGAUGAUACUUCCCAACGAGAGGACACCCUUGAUGCGUUUUGGGUCUGGAAGAACAGGACUUCUACAAGAUUCAACUGGCAGCGUUAUCAUACAAGAUGGUCAUCAAGAUGACAAUAUACAAUUACAAAAUCUUGACGAUGGUGCACCUGGAGAUAGUCCUGGAAUUUUGGAACAUAUCAUUAUGGCUGUAUAUUCGAUAUUUCAAUUGAUAAUUAAUUCUUCUUAUCUCGCUACGAAUAUUAUCAUGAUGACCUGGAGUAUAAUGUAUCACAGUUGGACAACCUUUGCACUUUUACUUUGGGCAUUAAUUCUAUGGAUGGUAUCUAAUAAACGUGCUUCGAUGAUGAAAUGUUCACCCUUCAUCGUCUUUUAUUCGACCCUUUUGUUACUUGGGCAAUACGUUUACAGUAUGGAUUUGACCGAAGAAGAAUUGCCGACUGUGGUUAAUGGUAUCAAAAUAUCUGAAAUAGGAUUCAGUAAAGCACAAGAACUUAGCCGUUGGCAUUUGAUUGUUAAGUGUUCGUUCAUGUUGAUAUUUUGGAUUACUAUGAGACAAUAUACAGCAGAAUGGAAACAACAGAGACAAUUGUCAACUUUGAGAGACAUUGUCGCGCCUUUACACGUCUCAGUUUCUACAGCCACAACAGCGAUGAAUCACGAAGUACCAGAAGUUAAAAGCAAAUUUAUGAAAGACGUUGGUAUCAUAUUAAAACAACUAUUGACUAAAUUCUGGAUCGCCGUUGUAGCUAUUACUCUGUUCAUUUGCGGUAUUACCGGUGAACGAAUGACAGUUUUCAGAAUUAUUUACAUGUCCUUAUUCCUUUUCUUCGUAAUUACAUUCCAGAUGUCCUGGUCAAUAUGGAGAAAAAUAAUGUAUACUUUUUGGAUAACUGUAAUUGGCUAUUCCAUAAUCAUGUUAAUCCUUGUAUAUACCUAUCAAUUUCAAAAUUUCCCGACAUAUUGGAAUUAUUUGGGUAUAAACGAACAAUUACAAAUGGACAUUGGUUUGGAAAUAUAUGAAACCAAGGAUCUGUUUGUAAGACUAUUGACACCAACAUUUUUCGUUAUUAUCACGGUACUUCAGAUGCACUAUUUUCAUAAUGACUUCUUACAAGCAACGACUAUCGAUAAACUCGGACCAGAAAGUGCUUUUAGGCGAACAAGUCUCGGACAUAGCCCUAGUUUGAACAUUUCUAUGACUUCACCUACAGAUGUUAUUCUAGGAGAAGAGGAAACAUCAAAUAUGUAUACUUUAAAACAACUCAAACGAAUGUCAAGACUGGAAAGAAUUGAACUUAUACGAAAUUUAAUGAAUCAUUUAGUUCAUUUUUACAAUUAUAGUUGGUUAUUCCUUGAGAUUCACAUGCAAAAAAUCAUUUUUAUUUCUCUAAUUCUUUUAUGUGUCAAUGAUGUGUGCGCAAUAAAUUUUCUUUUUGUCCUUGCUGUAGUAAUAGUAAUUAAUUUCAAUAGAAACAUACAAAUUAUGUCGAUCAACGUUAUAGCUGCCGUUAUUGCACUUUUAAUGGUAACCAAAAUGUUGUAUCAAAUAAAAUAUAUUAAUCACAAUAAUUGGAACGUAAAUUGCACAAGAGGAUUUAACGAAAGUUCAGAAAAAUAUGUUGGCAACGACACCAUAUAUAACAUCGCAGAAUGGUUUGGUAUUAAAAAAGGUGAACCAGGGCAUCUUGCAGAAUUGUUGAAGGGAUACAUUGGUAUUGUUACAGUAACAACCUUAAGAAAAAUCAUUCGAAUUCGACAGUGGUUUUAUCGAAGUGCUAAAGGGGAAUCUUUGGAAACUCCUCAAGUCAUGUUUCCAAGUAUUGGCAGAGUAGACGCGGACAGGGGUAUACCAGAAUGUUUGAAGUUCCUCUUUAAUUAUGGAUUUUAUAAAUUCGGCCUUGAGAUGUGCCUUAUCGGAAUUGUUACUCUUAUUGGCAUGAGACUCGACUUUUACUCCGUUCUUUAUGGUUGUUGGCUUCUAUUGUUCUUCCCAUUAAAGAGGAAAACCGUUUCUAGGAUAUGGCCGUUCUUUAAAACGUUUGCUAUAGUAUCAUUGCCCAUACAAUAUGCUUUGGUGGUAGCACCGCCUACGUGGCUUUGCAUAGAAUAUCCUUGGAAUCGUUCGGAAAUGUUACAAAGAUUGCAAGAAUGGAUGUAUUUUCCAGAUCCGGAUUAUCCACCAAAUCCGAAAAAAUUAAUCUGUGACUUUUUAUUACUAAUGAUGAUCGUUCGACAAAGUCUUGUCUUCAGUAUUGAACAAAGAAGCAUAAUAUCCGCUCGAGAGUUCAUAGCGGGUCAUAACUUUUCUGUUUUCCAAAACAUGGAUAAUCCGAAUUUUAUGAAUCCUGUUAAAGAUUACGUCUCUCAUAUACACUCUUGGUUAGAUGUAUUUAAACGGGGUGUUAUGAUGAGUCUCAUGUGGAUCACUCUUUCUAUUAUGUUCUUGGCUGGAACCAAAAGAACUAAUUUGUUUUCUCUUGGUUAUCUUAUCGGUGCCUUUGUAUUCCUAUGGCAGGGUAGCGAUUUCUAUUUGAGACCAGUUAAAACAAUACUCAAAUGGUGGAAUAUGUUACUUGGUUAUAACAUCAUUGUCAUAUUUUCUAAAUCUUUACUACAAGGUGUUGGCUGUGUCUUGAUACACGAGCUGCAAAAUUCUGCCUGCUGGCUAGUCCAAUUACUUGGUAUUGCCUGUCUUAAAAAAUUCCACAGCGCAACGAACGAUAUGGGAAACGUCGGAGAGAUUUGCCAAGUACCUAGAGAAGAUAUCGGCAUGGUUUGGGAUGGAUUAUGUUUCGGCUUUCUUUUGAUGCAAAAACGUCUCUUUAAAAGUUAUUAUUUCUUCCACAUCGUGGAUGAAACAAAGGCAAUGAGUAUAUUAGCAUCGCGAGGAGCUGAACUUCUUGAAGAGUUGCAUCAGAAACGCAUAAGGAUCCAAGAUAACGUGGAAAAGACUGUUCUACAGAAACUCAAACACAAGAUGGACAAGAUCAAAGCUAAUCAGAGAAAAAUUCAGGGACCGUCAUAUAGAGAACCUCAAACCCAUAAAAUAGAUACUCUUUAUCCAGGGACACGGCCGUUGUACAGAGUUCGCGCUCCAAAGACCAACAGAGAGGCCAUCAGGUCAGGUGACUAUUACAUGUUCGACGAUUUGGAUGACGACGAUGUAACCGAUAUUGUAGCCGAUGCCGAGGCAGAACGAAAGGAAGAUGAAAAUCGUCGUGAACAAGAAAUAACUGGUAGAAGAAUGACAGUAGCUGAGCUGAUGGAUACGCUGAUUAAGACAGAGCCGUAGGAGCGUACCGCUGACGCGGAAGAAAUCGUCCAUGUCCUAUCUGAGUGCGCGAUCCGAGACCGAGACUGCCGUGGCAACCGACGGUGCCGAUCGUGCAAGUUUUACAUCCGCCGAAAUUGAGUCGGAAGAAAAAGAAUUAGCAGCGGUGGAUUUAGCAAAAACACCACCUAUUUCUGACGAUGAACGAGCGGAAGAAAAAACAGAGGAAAAGAGUACCGAAGAUGGGGAAGAAAAAAAAGUUUCCAUUUCUACAUAUUUCCAAUUCUUAUGGGUAAUGGUGAAUAGUACUCUGAUCUCAAUGACCAAGUAUCUCAAUCGAUUUUCUCGAGAUUAUAGAUACAUCCGUAAGGUUUUAGCAAAAGAAAAGAAAAUAUUAAAGGGAAAACCAGAUUUCAAAAUGGGUUUCAGAUUAGGAAUUAAUCAAAUGUGGCAACCGAUACCAUUGGUACAAGAAAAAUCAUCAACUAAUGAAGAUACAGGAGGAACUUCUGAUCCUGGUGAAGGUCCUAGUCAGCAACGUUCUGAAAUUGAAAGGAAGGAAAGCACGCUGACAGUACCUCAUAUUCGAAUCCUGGCCCCAAGUUUGGAGCGAGGAUUGGACAAGUCCUCCUCCAGCACGAUUUUCUCGCAAAUGUCACAAAUUCAAGUCGAAGAAGAGGUUGCAGAAUUAUCCGAAUUUGAUCAACCACCGAUAAUUCAAUUGGCAGCGUCAAUAUGGUUUGGAAUUUUGGCACAUUCAAGCUUGUUGUGUUAUUUCAUGGUAUUUCUUCAUCAAAUUAAAAAUGCCUCUGUUAUUUCUACACCAUUACCUCUGAUGGUGUUUUGUUGGGGUUCUCUCACGAUCCCCCGGCCUUCGAAAACAUUUUGGGUGACUUUAAUCGCUUAUACAGAAGCAAUCGUCAUUAUGAAAUGCAUUUUCCAAUUGGAUUUCAUUCCUUGGAAUCAAAUAGCAACGUCUAGUCAUCCACUUUUCGGACCAAGAAUCAUUGGCGUUGAAAGACAACCAAAUUAUGCCCUAUGGGAUUUAUUAUUAUUACUUAUGGUUUUCUUCCAUAGAUUAAUGCUGAAAUCAUUGGGCCAGUGGACUACACCAUCGAUAAAACCAAGAAAGAUCAUUCCUUCUCAAAUGACAGUGAUUACUUCUAGAAUUGCUGAUCCUUCUUCUGGAGACGCCCAAACGGAAGAAACAAUAACGCAUCCUUGGCAGCAAGGAACUACAGAAUCACAUAUUGAUAUUAAAACACCAAAAGGUAGAAACUUAAGUAUUAAGGUAGCAACAAAUUCGCAAAAUAACGCACCAACGUUAGAUGAAAAUGAGAAACUAGUAAUUGUUCAAAGUGAAGAAGUGCAUCCUCACAGUGAAAACAUUUCAACUGCCAUGAAUAUGACGGUUAAUAAAUAUCUUGAACCUACAAAGGAAUUCUUUACUAGAAUUCUUAGUCCUGUUGGCAAAGAGAAGACAAAUGUCUAUGCAUACAUGUUCCUAUGUGAUUUCUUUAAUUUCAUUCUAUUAAUUUUUGGAUUUUCUGCAUUUGGUACACAACAAGGCGAUGGAGGAGUGACAGCUUAUUUGCAAGAAAACCGAGUGCCAAUGCCUUUCCUAUUAAUGUUAUUACUUCAAUUCGCGUUGAUAGUUAUCGAUAGAGCUUUAUUUUUAAGAAAAUCCAUUGUCGGAAAAUUAAUCUUUCAAUAUUUUCUGAUAUUUGGAGUUCACAUGUGGAUGUUCUUCAUAUUACCGAGUGUUACAGAAAGACAAUUUAAUGACCGACUACCGCCACAGAUCUGGUACAUGAUGAAGUGUUUUUAUUUGUUACUUGCAGCAUAUCAAUUGCGCCAAGGAUAUCCAACCCGCAUACUUGGAAAUUUCUUAUGCAAAAAAUACAGUAUUGUAAAUUACGUCUUAUUCAAAGGAUUCAUGUUAGUUCCAUUCUUGUUUGAAUUACGAGCUGUCAUGGAUUGGAUUUGGACUGAUACUUCAAUGACAAUAAUGGAUUGGUUCAAAAUGGAAGAUAUUUUCGCCAGUAUUUAUCAAAUCAAGUGUAUGCGUGGAGUGGAAACAGAUUUUCCACAACCGCGAGGAGAAAAAAAGAAACAAAUGAGCAAAUAUCUCGUUGGUGGAGGUGCACUUUGUGUUAUAAUAGGUCUUAUAUGGUUCCCAUUAUUAUUGUUCGCUCUUGGCGGAACAGUUGGAGUUUCGAAUUUACCUUAUGAAGUAUCGAUGAAGAUAGGUAUAGGACCAUACGAACCAAUUUAUUCUAUGACUGCUCAGACCAGUUCAAUCAUUGAAUACAGUGAAGAAGAAUUUAAAAAUCUUACUGAUUUGUAUACUCGAGAUAAAGAAGCUGUUACCUUCUUAGAAAAUUAUUUUAAUACAGAUGUAGCAGUUAUUAAACUUUGGGGUUUCUCCAGAAAAUUAUGGGACAUUUCACCUCCCGACAAAGAAAAACUAAUGAUGGAAUUAAAAUCUGACGCAGACGUUUUUGUUCAUAUUGAAUGGACAGUUUGUAGAAAAACAAAUGUGAAAGAUUCGACUGGUAUAUCAACCAGUCAUCGUGAUGUACCAUUACCAGCAUUUAUUAAUGGAGAAUUUAAUCCAACGAGAAAGACAUUAGCAGACAUGCUGUCUGUAGACAGUGUGAAUUCAUCUAACGCUACAAUAAUCAUACCAUUUUCAUUUCCAAAAUUCCUCAAAGUUACCAGUAAAGCUACCGAUUACGUACCACAAUUGAUGAAAUUACCAAGCUCACAAUCAUUUACUUAUAAAGAAGAAGAUAGUACGCCUACCGAUGAUUAUCUAUUUAGAAAUAUAAGUCUUCAAUUAUCUAUUGACCGACAAUGUUGUGCACAUCAGCAAUGGUGGAUCGUACAAGAAGUUUGCGAUGAUCGUCUUUAUUUAGACUUGUUACAAAAUAUACCAUUGAAUAAUUGCAAAUAUAUUAUGAUGUUUCUGUUCAAUGAUAAAGCAUUCCCAGAAGGAUUGAGCUUCAUCAGUGGAUUUGGAAUUUUAGGCUUGUAUACUACUGCUGUAAUUGUGAUAAGUCAAAUGAUGCGCAAAAUAGUAAGCGACAUGGCGCCAAAGAUAAUGUUCGAUGAUCUGCCGUAUGUCGACAGAAUUCUUCGAUUAUGUUUAGAUAUAUAUUUGGUACGCGAAAGUGGUGACUUAUGUUUGGAGGAAGAUUUGUUUGCAAAACUCAUAUUCUUGUAUAGAUCUCCAGAAACGCUUAUCAGGUGGACGAGACCACCGGAAGAAGGAGAACGUACUGACAAUGAAGAUCAAGAUGAAGAAGACGGUAACGAAGAAGUAGAAGGAAGAGAAUUACGUGAAAGACCUCAUCGCGAUUGAAUUAUUCAAAAUAAUGUUGAUUAUCUGAUGACAUAAGAAUGAAGGAACAUGAUGGUAUAUAUAGUGUGUUCAUUUUAUAAAACAAAAAUCAAUGCUGUUGAUCAAACAGAAAAGUCAGCUUCGAGUAUAUUUCACGAUAUACUUCAAGAAUCAUUACUUACACAUAUAUAGCUAAAGAAAAAAACAGUUCUAUAUCAAGAAAAACUUUUUUCUUAUCAGCAAGAAAUGGUGAAGACAAAAAUACUCUUCUUCACUUAUAUAAAACUGCAGAAACAUGCUUCUAAUAAUGAUGCAAUUUAUAAGUGGCUUAUAAAUAAGGAAUGUGAUGCCUUCGGUAUGCAAAUUUUUACUAAAAAUGACGAUUGCUUUUAGAUUUAAAUUAUAAAGAAAAUGUGGUAUAUACAUUAUGUGUUUUAUUUAUGGAAUCGUGCAAAAAUGAAAGAAACAAUACAUAUAAAUGUUUACAAAUGUAAAAAGGAACUGACACACGAAUCAAAUAUGGAAAAUGUUUGAUGAUUAAUUCAGAAAUGGCCUAUACAAAUUCGCUAGGAAUUUCUCUUCGUAAUUGUACAAAUAGAUCUACAGAUUUUAUUAUUUAUUAAUGAAUAUAUCAUUCAUUAAGAAAACAUGUUGAAUUGUUAAUAUGAAUUCUAUCAUGAGUUAUGCAUUUAAAAAUACUUUUUCAUAAAUAAUUUUAUAAUUUUCAUUAUGCUUAAUAUUUCUAGGUAAUAAUAUAAUACUAUGUAUAUAUAAAAUAUAUAUGCUUGAUAGCAUUUUAUAAGUAUUAAUAUAACAGCCCAGCAAGAAUAAAAAUCUUUAUUAAAUGAUUGCAUACACAUUGUAAUUAAUAAAUAUUUAUGCAGAAUUUAUUCAACAUA